AUGAUUGCGAGAAAAGCAACAUUGGGUGCAGUGCUCGGUGUAACUGUUUCAACAGUAUGGGGCCAAGCACUCACCGUGGACAUGAUUGAGCAGAUGGGCAAUAACAGUCUUUUCACACGCUGGAGACCGUUCUCUCAUUUUCUUGCCCCAUCAGGAUGGAUGAAUGACCCUUGUGGGCCGCUGUACGAUCCCGUUCAAGGCCUUUAUCAUCUACACUAUCAGUUCCACCCCAACCAUGUUAACUGGGGCAACAUCUCAUGGGGACAUGCAACAUCGCCCGACCUCGUAACGUGGGCAGAUGUUGACCACUCUCCCGGUAAUGGCCUUGCGGCCUGGCAGGACCAACAAGCGGAGUCAAUUGGUACCACUAACUUAUCCAGCAAGCACAAUCCCCCACUCUACAAUCACUUGAGCAUCUUUUCCGGUUCUGCACAACCCGUUAAUAUCUCUGGCCAUGCCGAUGGCACGCUUCUGGCAUUCUAUACCUCGGUUUCGGAACUUCCAACUGCAUGGAAUGAUCCCUAUUUGCCUGGGACCGAAAGUCAAAGUUUGGCAUACUCUACCGAUGGCGGAGUGACGUGGCAACAGUAUGCAAACAACCCAAUCCUCAGCGAUCCGCCGGGAAAUUGGAAUGUCACUGGCUGGCGGGAUCCGUUCUUCCUUCCGUGGCCGCAAAUGGACAGCCUCCUUAACCAAUCUGAACCCCACUACUAUACUGUCUUCGGCUCGGGGAUCAAAGAUGUUGGUCCACGCAUGCCCUUAUACAGUGCUCCUGCUUCCAAUCUCACUGACUGGACUUUUCUGGGGGCCCUUUGGGAACCGGUGGCCAAUAGUUCUUUGGGUACAUUAAUAGAAACUGGCUCCUACGGCUUUAACUUUGAACUUUCCAAUUUUUUCUCUAUUGAUGAUCACUAUUUUGUUAGCAUGGGUGCCGAAGGAGGCAAUGUCACCUUUCACCAGCAAAAAUGGUCCUUGUGGAAUGAAGGGACAGUGUCAACCAGGGCAAAUGGUAGCAUUGAUUUCAAUCCUAUUUCGGGAGGCGCGAGCGAUUGGGGUAUUUUGUAUGCGAUUACCUCGUUCAACGACACAAAGAAUAACCGACGUAUUCAAUAUGGCUGGGCAUGGGAGGACAUGAAUAGCUUCGCCAUCACACAACAAGGAUUCCAAGGAGCACUCUCAUUACCUCGGGAGUUGUUCGUAAAGGAAACUCCGCAUGUUGUCCGUAGCACCACGGAGAAAAGCCUUGGUAACUCUCAAUAUAUCAAGAGCACAGACGGCAGCUGGACGGCCAGCACUCUUGGCGUUCGCCCAGCCCACGAUGUUGUUGAGGGCCUUCGCAAAGCCUCACACUUAUCCCGGUAUCAGUGUAAGGAGAUGAUGUGUGAUGCUGGGCAAAUCGUCCUGCCCACCAACCUCAGCCAUUCAUAUGAAUUCACAGUGAAUAUUAAGAGAACAACGGGCAUUACAGGUGUCACAAUCGCUGCGUCCCCUGGUCGUGAGGAAUAUACAAACAUUUACUUUGAUCCGUCCAACAAUUCUAUCGUCUUCGACCGCACCCAUUCAUCCUUGAUCGAUAUGUUCCUCAACACAUCGUACGUCGGCUACUUUGAACCCUAUCAGAUAGCGGCAAAGGAUGGAGGCAAACCUGUCACGGAACCUAUAAAAAUGGACAUUUUUGUAGACGGUUCUCUGGUUGAGGUCUUUGUCAACGAUCGCUUUGCUCUAACAAGCCGUAUAUAUCCAAGUAGGGAAGAUAGCAACGGCAUUGCUUUAUUUACGGCUAGUGGUGUCGACGUUGAAUACCUUGAUAUGGAGGUUUGGGAUGGCUUACUCAAUGUCUGGCCCAAUAGGCCCCUUAACAGCAGUUCCCUGCUUGUCUUUGACACGCCAGCCAAGACGGGCAAUUAUACAUGGUGGGCUGGGGAUUAA